GUGCUCUGACCCUAAAGCUCUAUCGAAUUGGCAUCAAACUUUCGUCAAAUUUCGCGUUGAAUCACACUCCUAUCAGCUUCAGCACACGAAGGAAGCAGAAACACACACGCAUUCUUCCACGUCUUGCCGCCAGCAUCACACGUCGCCGGGAACAUCAAACGGACCACCCAACAAGAAGAACAAAACUCGGAACGAUGUCCUCCCUCCUCAGCACCCUCCAAACCUUCUUCCUCGGCAUCCAGCCUCCCGGCGCCCUCCCACCAUCCCUCACAUCCUCCUACAUAAUCUUCCACUUCAUCUUCGCCUACGCCGGAAUUUCCACCCGCCCUUGGAAAUCCCACUACAAAAUCGACCACCAAGUCUCCCCACGCGAAGACUUGACAAAGUACGGACCAAAAGCCGUCGCAUCAGGAAAACUUACUCAAAAACAACUGAACCAGAUCAUUCGCGUACAAUCCGCUCACGAGAAUAGUGUGGAGCAUUUCCCGCUUUUCGUUGGAGCGCUUUUGUUCGCUCACGUGGCGCAUUUGCCAACAGAGGUGAUCAAUAAGACAGGAGCUUAUUAUACGCUUGCGAGAUUGGUGUACGUUGCUUCGUACGUCCUCAUUACAGACGCGAAGUUAGCUUUGCUGCGAGGGGUGGCAUGGUGGGCAAGUAACAUUAUUUGCUUGAAAUUGGUUUGGUUGGGCGGCAAGGCUUUGAAUGCUUGAGGCAUUUGCCAUGUUGGAGCGAAUGAGUGGAGCUUCUGCGACGAGCAUGGUGGGAAGAACAUAUAACGACAGCGAAUGGCAUCGGAACACAGAACGAUUCGGAGAGGAAAAGGUUCAAUCAUUGCACAGC